AUGGAGCUGGUGCCCAGUCUACUGGUCAUCGCUGAAACAGGAGUUGCUUUUUCUGCAGGUCUCUUAACUGAGGGAAGUGGGGAGAAAUCUGGGAUCAGGAAAUGGAAGGUGAACAGUGAAUCCCAAGUUGAAGCUCUGGAAAAAGAUGAGGACAAGGUGGGAGGUGCCAGUGCCAAGGAACCAAAGGAACCCCAAGAGAAAGCUUCUUCCAAGAAGAGUUUUGUCUGCAAAGCCUGCGAUAAGACUUUCCACUUCUACUGCCGCCUGCAGGUGCACAUAAAACGUUGUCGGGUGGCCAGAGGAAAGCAAAUCCAGUGUAAGGGGUGUAGUGAGGUCAAAUCAACGAAGAAGGAGCUGGAGAAGCAUCAGCUGGAAGUCCAUGGAGUGGUGGGGCCAGCCAAGAAGAAGAAGAAGCAGCUCCCCGUGGCAUGCGACAUCUGUGGCCGAGAAUUUGCUCAUGCCUCAGGGAUGCAGUACCACAAGCUGACGGAGCACUUCGACGAGAAGCCCUUCUCCUGUGAGGAAUGUGGAGCCAGGUUUGCAGCUAACUCCACGCUGAAGAACCACCUGUGGCUACACACAGGGGACUGGCCCUUCAUGUGCAAGCAUUGCCUGAUGACCUUCAUGCAGGCCUCAGCCCUUGCCUACCACACCAAGAAGCAGCAUGCUGAGGGGAAGAUGUAUGCCUGCCAGUACUGCGAUGCUGUGUUCGCCCAAUCCAUCGAGCUGUCGCGCCACGUCCGGACUCACACGGGGGACAAGCCCUAUGUCUGCCGGGAGUGUGGGAAAGGCUUUCGCCAGGCCAACGGGCUCUCCAUCCACCUCCGGACCUUCCACAACAUUGAAGAUCCCUAUGACUGCAAGAAGUGCCGGAUGAGUUUUGCCACCUUUCAAGAGCACCGCAAGCAUGUCGACGAAGCCCACUCCCAGGAUUACCACCCCUGCCCUACCUGCUCCAAAGUUUUCAGCGCCCCGUCACUCCUGGAGCGCCACGUAGUGACCCACGAUGGAGGAAAGCCCUUUAGCUGUGAGAUUUGCGACAAAGCUUACCAGCAGUUGUCAGGGUUAUGGUAUCACAACCGGACCCACCACCCUCACCGCUAUUCCAAGUUCUUCUCCCUGCGGUGCAGCUCAUGUGACAAAACCUUUUCCAGCACUGCUGCUCACCACAAGCAUGUCAAGGCAGAGCACACAGAUGUGAAGUUCCAUGAGUGCGAGACGUGCAAGGAGCUCUUCCCCACAGUGGCUCUCCUGCAGGUGCAUGUGAAGUGCAGGCACUCAGGGGCCCUCCAGAACCACAUCACCAGUGAGCAUUUCAAGCAGAUGGAGAGCACCUUCACCUGUGAGCUCUGUGGGGAGCUCUUCUCCUCACAGAGCGAGCUGGAGGGACACUACGGGGCUGAGCAUCCCAAGGUGGUCUUGUCCCAAGCCACCACGGCCCAGAUUGUGCAGGUGAUUCAGAUGUCGGAGCAAGGAGCAGCAGAGCACAUCAUCUCUUUUAAUGAGGCCCAACUCACUGGCUCUCAAGUCUUCAUGACGUUGCCUGAUUCCCAAGUGAGCCAAGGUGGCUCUGAGCUGGUGGAAGUGACCAUUGAGGAUUUGUUUCAUGACAGUGUCACUCUGAUUUGUGAAGAAACCAAGUGA